AUGGAGCUAGAAGAAGGAUUUAUAGCUUCCCCUUGGAAACGCAUAAAUCAAUUCUAUCCCGAUGGGCGUCUGGCAUAUGAUACCUCAGUACAGCAGCUAAUGGUUGUCAAAGAAACGGGUUAUAUUUUCAAAUACCCCGAAAUCAAGUACAUCGACGAAAAGACUGGAGCCGAGACAUGGUCCAUCCGCCAAACUGGUGUCUAUCAGAGAGUCGGCACUCCCAAUACAGACAAAGAAAAUGUCUUCAUUCUCUUGCACCCACGCUACUCAUCGCCAUUACAAAAAGCCCUAGAGACGACCAUUGUACAUGGGGACUCGUUGCCAUUGACUCAGUCAUUCGGAGGGGACUUGUCGGCGAUAAAGAAGAAGAAUGCUAGCCCCUUGGAGCUGCAUCUAUGUAUACUUGGGAUUUAUAUAUACAAUUGGCGUGCGUAUAUGAAGAAUGAAGAAGAGCUGUUGAUCAAGACGAGCUACGAAGCACUAUGCAUCGACAUAACCGAGGACCUCCCCUUCAACGACCUCUAUGAAUCCCUCUCCAGCCUGCAUAAUCUCGAAAAGCGCCUCGCACCCCUCAAAAGCAUCUUUCCCGCAACGAAACGAAUCCUCCAACUCCUUACCAAACUCAACAACACCUACACCCACCCCGACAAAACGCGCAUAAACGAACGACUCGAAACCAUGGAAGAAAUGGAUUGUAAGGCACGUGGCCAUGCUAACCCUGACUUCCUCGAUCCCGCAGCUCUCCAACACGAUCAGUCUGAAGAACGAGAACACGUCCAAUGA